AUGACUUCAAAUAUACCAAUUAAUAUGAUCGAGGUUAGUGGUGAGAAGGUCAAUAAAUAUUUAUAUGAAGAUAUCGAUUCAGAAGAAGAUCCAUUGGACUUGAGCGAACUGGAUCCACAGCUAAACCAACUGGUGUACGAAACGGCUCACUCAAAGUUACGAAUGAUCGAAACCGAAGUGAACAAAUCUAGAAGGUUCCACGAAACGCCCGGAUACAUCUCGAAUAGGUAUUUCGAGAAAAAAGCCUUGGACUUAAUGCAGCAGUCUAUUUAUAUAACGAGGGACAGAUUGAACGACACGCGGAAUCUCAGACGGAUGUAUUCUAAGGAUCCGGCCUACAAUAUUGCCAUUUUGUACGGAUCGUUGAUGCAGAUAAGACUCAAAAUGGACAAUAUAUACGGUACCAUUGACAAAUUUCAUACAAGCGUAAAAUUUGUAUGGUACAUUGUGCUGUAUGAGAAGUGUUUAGCUCUCAGUAUUGAUGUGGAGUUUAUGGUGCGCAGGAUAUAUGCGCUAGCUGCGCAGUUGAGGAACCUGUUCCGUGAUGUGGAAUACGGUGACUACGGACCAGAUGCAAAUGAAAUGGCAAUGUUGAAAAACUUUACAGGGAAGUUUCCCAUAUCAUGA